AUGCGCAAUGGAGCAAUACCGCUGAGUCGACGCAUUGCUGCGACGCAAGCAGGUCGUCCGCCACGCCAAAUCAAGCUUCAUCUGCUGCAGCUGCGGUGGUCUUCCACCACGGUAGGGAGCAGAUCAUGGUCUACACCACUUGCGAAGACCAUCGCUGAAGCCAUCGAGGCCACAGGCCCCAUCUCUAUCGCAGCAUACAUGCGACAAUGCCUCACCUCGCCUCAAGGCGGUUAUUACACCACCACCCGCGCCGAGACGUCAUCAGACCAAUUCGGCAGCAAAGGCGACUUCAUCACCUCGCCGGAAAUAUGCCAGGUGUUUGGUGAGCUGGUCGCCAUAUGGUUCGUUACAGAAUGGAUGGCGCAGGGAAGGCGGAGGGGUGGCGUGCAGCUCAUUGAAGUUGGCCCGGGGAGAGGUACGCUGAUGGAUGACAUGCUAAGGACGAUUGCUACGUUCAAGGAGUUGGCGGCGAGCAUUGAAGGGGUGUAUCUGGUUGAGGCGGGAGACGGGCUGAGGGAGAAGCAGAGGCGGGUGCUGUGUGGGGACAAUCAAGAGAUGGUCAAGACGCAGAUGGGCUGGAGGUGUGUGAGCAGGUAUGAGGGAAUCCCCGUGUUUUGGGUGCAAGAUAUCAAUUUGCUCCCAAAGGACGAGGAGAAGGCGAAGAUGCCGUUCAUCAUUGCGCAUGAAUUCUUCGAUGCGCUGCCGAUUCACGCUUUUGAAUCGCAGCACCCAGCAUCAGAGACGGAGGCAAAGACAUCAUCAUCACUCGUCGACUCGGCCGGCAAGCGUCUUCUGGCUCCAACCCGUCGUUCCACCUCGACAUCUGUUCCAUCUUCAUCAUCAACCACCCCCAGGACAAACAACCAAUGGCGCGAACUCCUAGUCACACCGACCCCUAAGCCCUCAUCAGCCUCGCCACUCUCCACCCAGGCAGAAAUAGAUUCAACUCCCGAAUUCCAACUCGCGCUCUCCAAAACCUCAACCCGCUCCUCCCUUCUCCUCCCCGAAUCCUCUCCCCGCUAUCAAGCCCUCAAAUCCCAGGCCGGGUCCUCGAUAGAAAUCUCCCCGGACUCACUCCGCUACAUCGCCGACUUUGCCCGACGCAUAGGUGGCGAAAAGAGAGCGCCCAACAACGUGAACAGAUCGGAACGAACCACCACCCCCAUCACCUCUCCACCACCCGGGAGUAAGAUUUCUAGUGGUGCAGCAUUGAUAAUCGACUACGGCCCCUCCUCCACCGUUCCGCUGAACAGUCUGAGGGGAAUCAAGAAUCACAAACGCGUUUCUCCGUUCAGUGAGCCCGGGUUGGUGGAUCUGAGCGCAGAUGUGGAUUUUACUGCGCUGGCGGAAGGGGCGGUGCAGGCGAGUGGAGGAGUGGAGGUGUGGGGACCGGUGGAGCAGGGGGACUUCCUUGGGGCGUUGGGCGGUGCGGAGAGGGUUGGGAUGUUGAUUCAAGGGCUUGAGAAGGGGGUGGAUGUGGGGAGAAGUGGGAGGGGAGGGGGCUUAGAAGAGAAGAAGAGAGUUUUGAUGGGCAGUUGGAAGAGAUUGGUUGAGAAAGGUGGCGGAGGCAUGGGCAGGAUUUACAAGGUCUUGGCUAUCUUGCCGGAGGCCGGCGGGAAGAGAGUCCCUGUCGGGUUUGGGGGUGGAGUGGAAGGGUCGUGA